AUGCCAACCCAAGCCGUGGACGCCACCAUCGCCGAUUGCCUUGCUCAAGCCCAGUCGGACUCAGUGGAAGCUCGGACCUCCGCCCUCACCACCCUCUCUGCCCUCACCAGGCUCAGCAGCCGCAACCGAGACCUCCUCUCUCACACCCAACACGCUCUUCCCCUCCUCCUCGGACUCUCCCACUCCGAGCCCACCAUCCCCCUCGCCCUCUCCGUCCUCCUCCAUCUCUCCCUCAACCCCAACCUCAAGCAACCCCUGGCUGCCGUCCCCGGCUUCGUCCCCCGCCUCAACUCCCUCGUCCUCAGCCCCUCCGCCUCCACCCAGGCCGCCAAGCUCGCCGCCUCCCUCAUCUGCAGCCUCGCCAUGCACGACAAGAACAAGGCCCCGCUCGGCGUCUCCGGCGCCGUGCACACGGUCGUCGAGGCGCUUGGCUGCUCCGCCGCGAGGCCUCACGUCCUCAGCUCCCUCGCGGAGCUGGUACAGUUCCACGGCAACUGCACCCUAGCCGUCCGCGCCGGGGCGGUGCCCGUGCUCGCUAGGAUCGUCGGAGGCCCCGCAGAGGACCUCGGCGCGACGUGCGUCGUCGUCCUGGCGCGCAUGGCGAGGUUCGAGGAGGGCAUACAAGCGAUCCGGGAGGUGGAGGGGGUGGUGGGCACGCUGGUGGACUGGUUGAGGAGGGGUUGCAUGGCGAGCAAGCAGAGCGCCAUGGAGGUCCUGGCGAGGUUGCUCGAGGAGAGUGACGAACUCAUGCGGGAGGCGGCGGGGAGGGACGACUUCUCCUCCUUGCUCGCCGACCUGUCGAUCGGAGGAUCCACGAAGCUGCGGGAGAAGGCCGGAUUGCUCAUGAAGAUGAUGGAGUCGUCGGAUUUGGAUUUGGAUUGGGAUGUGGAAGGAAAGCCCGCCCGUGGCGGAAACUCCAUGAGACUCAAGGAUUCUGGAAUCAGCAACACUCCAAGCAUGCAACAAUCUUUCCACCACCCUCAGUGCUUGCUGAUGCCCGUAAUGGUCUCACAAAACGUAAGGUUGGGUCCAUGCAUGUCUGGAGUUUCUGCACAUAAUGGGAAGGAAGUCCGCACAGCAAUGGACAUGAUUGAUGAUGAGGGCAGGUUUCGAUCGUCCAUCCGUUCGUCGUCGGAGGUGAAUGAUUGA